UCCGACUGGGGUUGUUUUUCGGAACGAUUUAACUGGUGCGACAACCUCACCGAAGUGUCUCCGUGGCUCUAUUACAUCUUUUACGUGCUAGUCUUUGGGUUUGCUGUUUCUGUAAUGAACAUCGCUGUGACAACUCUUUACUCUGAAAUCAUUGGGCCAAGGCGUCAGGGAACUUACCAAGGAUAUUUCCAGUCAGCCGGUUCUACGGGUAGAAUGUUCGCUCCAUUGAUUACCAGUUAUCUCUAUUCGGGUUUCGGACCGAAGGCGCCUUGGAUUCUCGAAGUUGUGCAGAUUUGCACAAUAAUGGGCCUUUGGAUAGUGUUUCAUAAGAAGAUGGUACCAAUGAAGAUUGAGGAGUCCGAUAGCCGCACAUCCUCUAAAGAAGAACAUUAA